AUGAAGCUCUCCAAUCGCGGACAAGCAACAGCCGACAACAAAGGCGGAUCGCUCUUGUGGGACGUCACAGCAAACCUUUGGGAUCCUACGACCAACCCUUCAGGCUUCGUGAGCUUAGGAAUGGCAGAGAAUAUCCUCAUGCAAGAUGAGCUAUUAAAACACAUCACUGAUAACAUCUCCCUCCAACCCCGAGCUUUGACUUAUGGCGACGGUACAACUGGAUCAAAACGGUUAAAGCUUGCGCUCGGACGCUUUUUCACGAAAUAUCUACACCCUCAUAAAAACAUCGAAUGGGACCACAUCACCAUUACCAACGGCUGUAGCGCUGCUAUUGAACAUAUCGCCUGGGCAGUUGGAGAUCAAGGGGAUAGCUUCCUCAUCACUAGACCUCUCUUUCGCGCCUUCAUACCAACCUUUGGCCUUCGCGUUGAUACAGAGGUGAUACAGGUGCCAUGCCAUGGCGUUGAUCCUUUCUGCGUGAGCGUCGUCCACAAGUACGAAGCCAAGUUUAAAGAAGCCAAAGCCCAAGGAAAGAAGAUUGCUGGCAUUCUUCUCUGCAACCCGCACAACCCCCUGGGGCGCUGUUAUUCCAAAGAUGCAUUGAUCGGACUCAUGCAAUUUUGUCAGAAACAUCAAAUUCACCUGAUUAGCGAUGAAGUCUACGCCUUAUCGACAUGGACAAGCGAGGAUGCACAAGCCGUACCUUUUACCUCCUGUCUAUCUAUAGAUCCUACAGGCAUCAUUGACCCGUCCCUAAUUCACGUUGUAUGGGGUGUCUCAAAAGAUUUUGGGUCCAACGGCAUUCGGAUUGGAUGCGUCGUUUCCCAGAGCAACUCUUUAUUACAUAAAGCACUUGUUCCAGGUGGAUUGUACAGUAUGAGCUCUUCUCUCGCUGACCACGCCUUUGCGAACGUACUCGAAGACGAGGCUUGGGUUGAUGACUAUUUGGGCAAGAACAGGACAAAACUCGCAGAGCAUUACAGGUUGAUAACAUCCUGGGCAACUGAGCAUGGUAUCCGCUAUGCGAGGGGGACAAAUGCAGGCUUCUUCUUGUGGGCUUGUCUUGGAGAGGCUUACUGUCAGAACCAUGCUGAACAGGAUCCUGCACACAGUGAGGAUCGAGUGAUGCAGCUACUGCUCGAGCGAAAGGUCUUUGUAGCUCCUGGGUCAAGCUUCAGAGCUGAGGAUAGUGGCUGGUUUAGACUUGUGUUUUCAGUUGAUAAGGUGACACUAAUGGAAGGGCUAAGUAGGAUCAUCGAUGUCUUAAAGUAG